AUGUCUGAUGGAGAGGAUUACGAGUUUGACGUCGAUGAGUUCGAACAGGAAGCUAAAGUUGCAGUUAGGGAGUACUCGUCGUCCUUAUCCCGUGAAUUGAUAAUCGACGAUGAGGCUGAUACCAUAAAGGAAUCUAAGAAGCAGAGGAGGCAGAAGCUCACAGUUAAAGAGGUUCAUUCGGCUUUAUCUGGAACUGGAACUGGGGAGCUCCUUGACCUUGUGUGUUCUGGACUAGCUAAAGUAGAGGUUUCAGAAGAUCUCCAUGAAGAACAAGAUGAAGAUUACGUUCCAGCAAUUUCAAUCGUUGCCCGGCCAAAUGCUGGGAAAAGCAGCAUUCUAAAUGCAUUGGGUGGUGAGGAUAGAACUAUAGUUAGCCCCAUCAGUGGAACUACACGUGAUGCCAUUGAUACGGAAUUUACAAGACCUGAUGGCCAGAAGUUCCGACUCAUCGAUACAGCUGGAAUCAGGAAAAGGGCCGUCGUGGCUUCUGCAGGUAGCACCACAGAGGCAUUAUCAGUGAACCGAGCAUUUCGAGCCAUUCGGCGUUCUGAUGUUGUUGCUCUUGUCAUUGAGGCCAUGGCAUGCAUCACAGAGCAGGAUUUUAAAAUAGCUGAAAGAAUUGAGAAGGAAGGUAAAGGCUGCCUGAUAGUUGUGAAUAAAUGGGACACCAUACCAAACAAAAACCAGCAGACUGCAGUGUACUACGAACAAGACGUGCGAGACUCUCAAUUUAGGUAA